AUGCUUUCCGUAGUUACCCGGGCAUCCAUUCGCUCACCGCUUCUCGCCCAUUCAUCCAGAUCGGCUCGACUGAACACGAGGAACUUCACUGCUUCAGCAGUGCGCAAAGAUGUUUUAUCCGAGUUGGAUAACCAAAUUCAUCCUCGGGAACUCAUAGAGAGAAAGCGAAAGGAGUUUGAAGAGAAAUAUGGUGAAAAGCUGAAAAAGAAAGUGCAGGCGGAAGGGGUCAAAGAUCUUGAUUCGUUGAAAAUGAAAGUGUUAGCUCCGUCAGUUAAAGCAGCUUUGAAAGCUAAAAAAGCCAGAGAUGCAGCUUCUGCAAUUGCUGAAAUUCAAUUGGAAGAAGAAAAGCAAUUCGCAAAAGACGUAGAAGGUCAGAAAUCAUCUAGUGAAAAACUGGCAGAUGCAGUCGAAAGAAGACUGAAAGAAAGAGAGAUCAAGAAAAAGGAAGGUGUGAAAGCGGAAGGUGAUAGGGCCGGUAUUAAGCCCCUAGCAUCAAUAAUCAAUCUUCCUCUGAUUCACCUCACACCACACGAUACCAAUGCGAUCUCACAAAUAUGGACAGCAUACCAUACUGCUCAUCCAACGUUAUCCAAUUCAUUUCUUUCAGCUACUUUAUCAAAAUCCACAUAUAAUUCCAUGCUAUCAGUUGCCAAAUCCAACCCAUUCUUCGUCCUGCCUUUACCUCGAAUGUCUGAACCCGGAUCUAUCACAGAUGAAGGAGGAGAAAAGAAAUCUACGACAGGACAAGUGAAGACUGAUGAAUAUGAAAUGUUCUAUCUACAAUGGUUAUUCCAUCCAACAUCAUCAUCAUCUUCACCUCCUUCAGCUGAACCCAAUCCUCAACCAUUACCUUUGACUUCAAGUAUAAUAUUCACACCUCUAGAAGAGUUCAAGAAACAAGGUGAAUGGGCACAACCAUAUUUAGUCCUGACUCAUUAUCCUGAAUUAUCCCAAACUCACAAUUUAGUCUUAAUGAGAGGCGAGAUAUCCCCUGCGGCAGCUUCAGGUCCAAUUGGGAGUUCCGCCAAUCCUGGUUUCUUACUUUCUCAACCUCAAGCUCAGUUAUUAGCUCUUGCUUUACAAAGAUUUUAUUGUACGAGUAUAGAAGUUCUGGGUGAAGGUGAAAAAGGGAAAUUGGAUAGAAUAAAUAGAGCAAAAGCACUAAGAGAUUUCAGGGAAAAACCUGAAGAAUGGAAUUGGCAAGGUUUAGUAGAUCAAGCAUAUGGCGGAUUGGUAUAG